GGGCGUAAUACACCUAAUAUAAUAAAUGGCAUCAUCCUCAAAUACGAAAGGAUGGGAGUUUCUAAGAUUUACCUUCUUUUCGGAUAUAAAAGGCGACUUCAAUCACAGAACCAGUAUACUCUUACGUUAAACUGCAAACGCAUUAUGAAGACGGUACUCUUAAUCCUACCAAUUUUGGCGGUCGCACUUGCAAGGCCUCAAAGCCCUGAAAGUCAGGCGAAAAUUGUGAGAUACGAAAAUGAAAAUGACGGUAUUACCGGAUACAAGUUCGGUUUCGACACGGAAAAUAGUAUCAGCCGGGACGAGCAGGGCACGUUGAAAAAUCCCGGCGCCGAGAAUGCCGCAAUGGAAGUGCACGGACAGUCUUCGUACACGGACAAUACCGGAAAGAAGGUUUCGAUGACUUACGUUGCUGAUGAGAAUGGUUUCAGACCGCGUUUCACAAUUAGUUAGGUCGUCCAAUUGUUUUGUUUGUUUCCUAUUUCGCACUAAAUAAAAUGUUCUUUUACAUUA